AUAAAGAAAAAGAAAGGAGGACCAAGGAGCACACUUUUCGAGCUUUGGAAGAAACUGCUAUGGCCCAUGCCUACAAUCCAACCAACAGAACAUAAAUCAAGCACUCUAAUGGAAAUCGGCGAAGGUGCUGAGAGAAGAAAAGGGUUUACCAGCUUUGUGUCGAAAAUCACCUUGAAUGUCCCGGGAUAUGACAAUAUUGAAUGCACCGGAGACACAAGAGCUGACAAGAAAAGUUCUAUGGACUCUGCAGCAUUGUUUAUGCUUUACAAGCUUGAACAGCGUGGGAAGAUCGCCAUCGAGGAAACCUUGGAAGUCUAACUCAAGAUGGUCGAGAA